AUGGCACAACGAAUCAACCUCAGCGACGAUGGCGCAAGCUUCAUCACUCUGCAUACUCUCCCAGACGACCUAAAAAAAUAUGGCGCCGAUGCUUUCAAUGCACUCUUCAAUCUACACCCUGAGGAAAGAGGCAAAGUCCAAAUGCAAGAUGGCGAAGUGGAGUCACCUCGCUGGCACAAGAGUUAUCUCAACACACCAAAAUUCAAUCCGACAUUGCACCACAGCUACAUGUUCUCAGGCCACGACGACUCAAACAUUCGCGACCCUCUUCCAGACGCAUUCUUGCCUUUUCUGAAAUACGUCAAUAGAGACAAUGCUGGAUACGAUCAAGUCGUAAUCAAUUGGUACAAAGAUGGACAAGACUAUACCGCACAACAUAGUGAUUGCGAAGUGGGCAUGGAGGAAGGCGCAGACAUUGUAGUCAUCUCUUUGGGUGAUGAACGACUCUUCAAGAUUCGACCUAAAACUUUGCCGCAUGCAGAGGAUCUCAAGAUCCCUUGCCCUCAUGGAUCUGUGCUGACUAUGGGCGGUCAUACACAAAAGCUCUUUCGUCAUGGUGUUCCCAAGUCUGCUUCUGAGGCUCCUCGCAUCAGUAUCACGUUUUGA